GUCCAAACAGAAGAUCACAUACGCCUAACAAUCAUAUCUUCUUUCAUGAACGGAGUGGGACCUCACCCUAAAUAAUAUAUGUUAACAUGAGUUUCCUUUACAGUACAUGAUGAUCUGUGGUUCCAGAUUUCCUUUGAUCCCCAACACAAACACAAAAUCUCAAAGGAUCUGCCGUUUUGUCCAGCUUCAAUGGAUGAUGUAAAUAGCGCCAGCUAUAACAAGGGAAAAAUUCCGUGGCGAGAAUCGCAUGUCCAGAAUCCUAAUGAGAGUAGUGCCAAUGAUAUUGAUCAGAAGGCGAUGCAUAGACAAGUUGAAAGGCAAAGAAGGCAAGAAAUGGCUGCCCUUUAUGCUUCCCUUCGAUCUCUCCUCCCUCUUGAGUACAUCAAGGGAAAGCGUUCAACGUCGGAUCACAUGAACGAGGCUGUGAAUUACAUCCAAAACUUGAAGAGUAAAAUAAGAGAACUGGGUGCAAAGAGAGAUGAGUUGAAGAGAUGGUGUAAUUUUGACUCGCAAAGUGGAAGUUCAAAUGAGAAUUCCCCAAGUAGUCUUGUUGUUGUCCAGCCAAGCUUGGGUGGCUUGGAGAUAUCGUUCAGUGGUGGCUUUGGGGAUCGACAGUAUUCGACCCUAUCAAGAGUGAUAGAACUUCUUCUUGAGGAAGGAGUUUGUGUGGUCAAUUGUGUUUCCACGAGGGUAAAUGAAAGGCUACUUCACACCGUCCAAACCGAGGCCAUUGAUCCAGCCAGCUUUAGUUUAUCAUCACUCCAACAGAAACUAACAUCAGUAAUUUUUUCAUCGUCAUCAUCAAGCAUGGCAUCCAAAUAAAUAAUUUCAGUGUGUCAAGUAAGAUCUGAUGAGAGAUUAAUUUGGCUUGCCAUGCUCAUGGCACCGUGAUUGACCUAGCUAGUUUUGAUUAUAUGAAUGGUGAAGUGUGAAAUAAUCUGAUUUGAGGCACUUGGUUUAUUCUGAGAUAUAGCUAACUUGUGCUGAAGUUCUUAUUUCCAAGUAAUGUUGUUGUGUGAUAGUUUACUUCAUUCUAAUUGUUAUAUAUGUUGCUGCAUUAAUUUGUGUGCAA